CCUCCCCACAAGCUUAAUCACCUUAUGCUAUCAGAGUGGAUAUACUUGUCCCAUGCAUGACGACGCUUCUUAUCUCCGUCAGCAGCCUCUGCUUACAUCCCUACCACAAGCACUAUCUCCGAGCCUCUCACCACCGGACCUGACGCGGCAUUCCGUUCUUCAUCCGACUGGAUCACCACAUUCGUGAUAUUAAGGUACACAGGUGGAAGCAGCUGGUGGAACGGGCUACGUUGCGCCUGGUCGGUUGGUCGAGAUGCUCAAUUAUUCGGAAGGGGGAUCGCCUCCUAUAAAGACGCGCCAUAUCCGACACUUGCAUUCCAAUUUCCCACUCUCAACACACUCCUUCCAUUCGUUCUUUCUCCAGUCUUUCUCUCAUCAUGGCCAAGUAUAUGACUUUGGCCAUCUCAGCUGCAGCUCUAGCGCAAGCUGCCAGCUUUGAAGAUGUCUGUACCCCUGCCUACGCCAAAGCGGCGCUUCCCUCCAUCGGGGUGGCACAGGGCGUGGUCAUUAACCCUUCGAGCAUCACGGCGGCCCCGGUCUACAAUGAAUCCACCGCUGGAUCCAACUAUUACCCUGCCGGCAUCUAUGACUACUGCAACAUUACCAUGAGCUACUCUCAUGCGGGCAAGGACGACGAGGUCUUGCUGCAGUUCUGGAUUCCUACACCCGAGAAUUUCCAGAACCGCUGGCUCUCGACUGGUGGAUUUGGUUUCGCCAUCAACGUUGCCUCCAACGUCCCCGCCGGUCUGCCCUACGGUGCUGUGGCUGGACGUACUGAUGGAGGCUUCGGCAGCUUCGACACUCAAUUCUCGUCAGUAUAUCCGCUCGUUAACGGUACUGCCAAUUACGAUGCUUUGUACAUGUUCGGCUACCAGGCCCACCACGAAAUGUCCUCCAUUGGUAAAGCGUUCACCAAGAACUUCUUCAACAUGACCGAAAAGCUUUACUCCUACUACCAGGGCUGCUCUGAGGGCGGUCGCGAGGGUUGGAGUCAGAUCCAGCGCUUCCCCGAGGAGUGGAACGGUGCCGUGGUAGGCGCACCGGCUAUCCGCUACGGUCAACAGCAAGUCAACCACCUCGUCCCCCAAGUCGUCGAGCAGACUCUCGGAUACUACCCUCCCAACUGCGAACUGUCUGAGCUCGUGACGCUGAUCAUCGAGGGGUGCGACGCUCUUGACGGCCGCAAGGAUGGGGUCAUUGCCCGCAGCGACCUCUGCCAGUUGCACUUCGACCUCAAAUCCACCAUCGGAAAGCCCUACUCGUGCGCGGCGAGCACCAGCAUGGGCGUCUCGACACCCGCGCAGAACGGUACCAUCACUGCAGAAGGUGUCCGCGUGGCCCAGACACUUCUCGACGGCCUGAAGGACUCUCAGGGCCGCCAAGCAUACUUCUGGUACCGGAUCGGGUCAGAGUUCACCGACGCAGAAACCAGCUAUGACUCGACCACUAAGACGUAUGGCAUCGAUAUUUCCGAACUGGGCGGCGAGUGGGUGACCCACGGUCUGCAACUACUCGACCUUGACAACUUGUCCUCCCUGGACAAUGUCACCUACGACGUGCUCCGCGACUGGAUGCUGGAGGGACUGCAGCGCUACGAGGAUGUGCUGCAGACGACAUGGCCCGAUCUGUCCCGCUUCCAGGCCGCCGGUGGCAAGGUAAUUCACUAUCACGGCGAGUCAGACAACAGCAUCCCGGCCUCGUCGUCGAUCCGCUACUUCGAGUCUGUCCGCAACACCAUGUUCCCCAACUCGACCCACACCUACGACGAGUCAAUCAAGGCGCUGAACGAGUUCUACCGCAUGUACCUGGUGCCUGGCGCCUCGCAUUGCAACACCAACUCGCUGCAGCCGAACGGCCCGUACCCGCAGGACUCGCUGGGCGAUCUCAUGAAGUGGGUCGAGCAGGGCAUCGAGCCGGUGACGCUGAACGGCACGGUCCUGUCCGGUGAGAAUGCCGGAGAGCACCAGAGAAUCUGCUCAUGGCCGCUCCGUCCUCUGUGGAAGAACAAUGGGACCACGCUGGAGUGCGUGGAGGACCGGGAGUCGAUCCAGACGUUUUUGUACGAAUUGGAUGCGUAUGACAUUCCGAUCUUCUAGUCGCGAGGAUUUGGGGGUGGCAUGUACCAUAUCUAAUCUUCUUAAAGGUCUGUACACGUCAAUUUGUUUGUACUUAGAGUAUUCAGAACUUUAUUUUCAUCAGUGUUAUAUUAUACUAUAAACAGAAA